AUGCCUAUAGCUUCUUCAUUUAUUAUGAUCCGUGAAGUUCACGAGGGAAGUGCUAAUAUGAGACCAGCAAGCGCAGCUGCGAUAGGUCAUCUAGCAAGACGAGAGAAACUGAAGCGUAAUGUUCAUAUCAUCUUCAGACGGCUCAUUCUGUUUGAACUGUCGGUCUUCACUGAGCUUCUGCGCAAGGUUGUACAAAAAACGAUAGAUUUUGAAAUAAUAUUCAACGAUGUUUGCGUUCCUCGUGCUGUCUUCUACGAAACAUCUGAUGCUCAUGAAAUACCGAUGUACCACAUCGAAAUGCCCAAUGCGAACAAUGCUCAGCUAGUGAAAGUUGUCUAUGAUGAUUUUGACGUGGAAAUGACCGAUACAUCAGGACUCAAACAGCAAUUUGAAAUGGAGCAGCGUCAAGAGCAUUUCAGUAUAAAGAUCUUGUUUGGGAUUGUUGUUGUUUCUGGAGCAGGAGCGUUAUCCAACAUUCUCUUAUCAGAAGAAGGUGUUAAUGCACUAGUAUUCCAAUAUAAGUGCAGUCUGGACAUUCUCACCAGGUUUGAUUCUCGUGGACUGUUUUCUCAAGUACGUCGUCAAGAAAUCGAUUCUGAGAUUCUUCAUGUUAAAGAUCAGUUCAAAAAGCAUCUAGAGUUUUCUCCAUUUACAAGAGAAUUCUAUUAA